AUGAUGGCGUGGAAAGUCUCACUGCUCCUGGCAUUGACUUGCGCAGCCACCACUUCGGCCCUUCCGUCAGAUCAUCCCAACCAGGGCGGAUCGUGUCCGGUGAAGCCGAAGCCGCCAUCGAAUGAGCCCGAAGGAUCUUUUAUAGAACUCAUUCGCUUACUAGAAAGAUGCCCUGAAGGCCGUCCCUUCUGUCGUGAGCUCGUUCGUGAUAAGUGGGAGAUUAUCACCAAAACCGAGACGGUGACUCCAGUGCCAGCGACUGUCAAAGCCACAGAGACUAUCACCGACUAUCCUCAGGAAGUCGCAAAGACCUCGACACACUGCAUCACCUCUACCAUCGUGAAGUCACCGACUCGCAACACCACUCACUAUGCGACUUCGACUUUCACACACAUUGUGCCUUUGACGGUCACUGACUUGUCCACCCUGACGACUACUGAUAUUUCUACUGUCUUCCUGAACGAGCCGGUCUAUGAAACGAUCACAGUACCAGUGACGAGUUCUAUCACAAGCACAGUCACCAACGCAAUUACUGAUUACGCUGCUGCCACAAUCACUCAGUCUUUCACGGACACCAGCACCGAAACGUUCACGAACACUAUCACCGACUACUCGACAGCCUAUGUGACAGCAUUCAUUACUAAGUUUGCAACCGAUUAUGUCACCGAUUCUCAUACGGACCUUGCGACUGCUACUGUCACUAACUACCAUACCGAGACCACGACCCUUUCCUUCACCGAUACUGCCACUGCAACGGCCACCGACACUAUCUCAUCUACCACUACACAAGAGGUCGAUGUUUAUGCGAUAAGUACUCAGCCUGAGACUACUAUCCAGACUAGCUUCGAGACGGUAACUACAACGAUCCCCGCGACCGCGACCGACUAUACAACUGCUACAACCACUACCAUUGAGACUGAUGGAGUCACCGUGACUACGACCGCUGCAGUGACUGUCGCACCCGCUAAAAGAGACAUGAUCGAUGAGCGCGGAGCGUUGGUCACUCCUUCAGCCUUGAGGGCCAUCCAUAGCACUUCUCUGUGGAGUGCAUGCUCUGUCUUGUAUAUUGAGGAUUGGACCUCGACGCUGUACACCACAAAGACUGUUGCUCGUCCUACGGUCACUGAGACUUUGACUACCCACACUGUCGCUCCUGGGGUGCACACAGUCUACAUCACUAAGCUUACAACCAAGUUCGUCACCAAGACAGCACCCAAUGUGUUGACUACCGUCAAGACUAGCACGGUCACCACCGGUGUCACAAAGACAGUGACCAUUGCGGCAACCUCAACCAUCACCGCUUCUUCGACCACCACUGCUACGGAUCUUGCCACAGUGAUAGUCACCGUUGAUAACCCCACCACCGAAACCGACAUCAUCACAGCCACAGUGACUAGCGACGUGACAACCUCAACUACAUUGGACGUAACAGCCCAAGAGACUGCCUCUGUGACUGAGAAUGUAACUCAGGACGUGACAACCACCGCCACAACUGACAUCACAACGACUCAAACCAAUACUGAAACUGUCGAUACCACGAUAAGCCAGACCACCACUCAAACCGCCGAUGUCACCUCUACCGAGACAGCGUCUGUGACGACCACGGAGACCUCGACAACGACUGUCGACGUGACCGAGGUAGCAACGAUAGCCUCGACAUCCUCCAUCAUUAUCACCGUAACGGUACCUGUCACUGUGCAAACCACUAUUGCCAACACAGUCGAUAUCACCAGCACCGCUUUCACCACGUCAACCGUCGACGUGACCGUCACCCAAACCGUGUCAACAACCACAACCACCACCGUCACCUCAACAGCCACAAGCUCCCCAACCUGCGGUGUGAACGUCGUCUCAAACCCCGACUUCGCCGGAGCAUCCCUCUCUCCUUGGACAUACUCUUCCACUGACAACGGAAGAUAUGCUUUUGUCGCCGGCUCCACUUCUACCUACGCGCUCAAUCUCUACACGACUUACGACGGAACAUCAGUGAUCACGCAGUCGAUACCCACCGUCGCUGGAAAUACAUACACCUUGUCAAUGUCCUAUAAAGUGCUGAGUGGAAACCUCGCCUCCGAGUUUCAGUGCAUGUUCGACAACGCCGACGAAAACAUUUAUACCAUCACUCUCGCCGCAGCCCCCAGAAAUUCCUGGAGGCCUCUCCAAACCACUUUCCUGGCAUCGUCGUCGUCUACUACAGUAACCCUCAAGCUGAAUACGGUGGUGAGCGCGUCGCUUUAUCUUGAAUCGAUCUCUGUUGUGACACCGUGUUGA